AGAAAAAAGACACACGUGCUGCACGUAAUCAACAUUUUGCAUUCUGUAGUAAAGGUAAUAAUUUAAAAUAUGGGAAAACCAAGAGCACGGAAGUUAGAUAUUAAAUUUGACGAAGAAAAACGAAAAGAUUUUCUCACCGGAUUUCACAAACGUAAAGAGGCGAGAAAGAAGCAAGCAAGACUACAAUUAGAUAAGCAAAUUAAAGAGGAGCGUAUCAAAAUACGAAAGAAUAAAAGAGAUGGAAUACAAAAUCGUCUUGAAGAAAUGAAUGAGAUAAGAUUGGGAGAAGCAGAUAUUGGUGCAAGUUACGUUGAUAUUAACAGUAAAGUAUUGGAAAUGCCCAACCAUAAUGUAACAGUUGUUGAAAGUGAGUUAUUUGAUUCUGUUACUGAUAUGUUUAUGGGAAGUAAUGAGCCUGCGCCAGAAGUUGACCCCAAUGAAGUCAUAAAGAAGGAAAAAGAAACAAAGAGAGCAAUCGAACAUGCGGCUAAACUCACAAGCACACAACAACGAUUAAAACAAAACAAAAAGAAACUUCCAACAGGAAAAUUAACGAAAAGAACGAAGAAGUUUCAUCAACGAAAGCAUAGGCAUAACAUGAAUCAUAAAAAGAAAAAGUAACUUUUAAACAAAUGCCCGCAUGUUAAACAUGAAUAGUGUUUUACAUUUCUUAUAAGUAAAUCAAGACUACUCUACAUUGGCUGUGAAGCCGGUAAUCGACCAAAACACAAUUUUAAUUUUUCUUAAGUGCAGGUGGUUUCCAUAAUAAGAGUAAAGCCAGCAUAUUUAUUCCUUAACGAGUAUCAUAUUGUCAUUCCAUAUGAUACCUGUAGUCCUGACUCCUGUACAUAUCAUGUUUUUCACAAACUUUUUAAAUGUUCUGUUUGAUUUCUAUAUUGUUAUUAACUAGGUUCAAACUUAAAUCUUUUCCAUGCUAAAUUUAAAUAGGCUACUUGUCUGUAUGCAGAUCCUCAAUUUGUGGGGCGGAUUCUUGAUUACUUUUCGAACAUUUUGUUUUAAACAGUAAUUGAUUCUGUUUGAAG